CCCCUCCCCCAACCCCCAAAAGCCGACGAGCCCCGCCACCUCUCCCCGUCGCAACUCGCAAGCAAAGCAAAUGGCGUCGUCGACCAGCCUCUCCUCCCUGCCCUCGCAGCUCACCACCCCCGCGGCGCGCCGCUCCUCGACUGCCCGCGCGCGCGCGCGCCCGCGCCCACGCCCCUUCCUCCACCACGCAUCGCCCAAAGGUGGGCCGUGCUGCAGGCUGGUGUUGACCUGCAACGCGCAGACGGUGGUCCCGACCAGCAUCGCGCAGGGCACGCCCGUCCGGCCGACCAGCAUCCUGGUGGUCGGCGCCACCGGGACGCUGGGCCGUCAGGUCGUCAGGCGGGCGCUGGACGAGGGCUACGACGUGCGGUGCCUCGUCAGGCCCCGCCCAGCGCCGGCCGAUUUCCUCCGGGACUGGGGCGCCACUGUCGUCAAUGCUGACCUCAGCAAGCCGGAGACAAUACCCGCGACGCUUGUUGGAAUUCAUACCGUCAUUGAUUGUGCUACAGGGCGCCCAGAAGAGCCUAUUCGGACGGUAGAUUGGGAAGGAAAGGUUGCUCUAAUACAAUGCGCUAAGGCCAUGGGAAUUCAAAAGUAUGUGUUCUACUCUAUCCAUAACUGUGACAAGCAUCCCGAGGUUCCCUUGAUGGAAAUCAAGCAUUGUACAGAGAAGUUUAUUCAGGAUACUGGACUGGAUUAUACCAUCAUCCGUUUGUGUGGUUUCAUGCAGGGCCUAAUUGGGCAAUAUGCUGUGCCCAUAUUAGAAGAGAAAUCGGUUUGGGGAACUGAUGCUCCCACCCGGAUUGCUUACAUGGAUACCCAGGACGUAGCUCGACUGACAUUUAUUGCCAUGCGGAAUGAGAAGGCUAGCAGGAAGCUCUUAACUUUUGCUGGACCACGUGCUUGGACAACUCAAGAGGUGAUUACGUUGUGUGAGCGGUUGGCAGGCCAAGACGCCAAUGUAACUACUGUCCCCGUUGCAGUGUUGAGAUUUACUCGUCAGUUGACACGGUUCUUCCAGUGGACAAAUGAUGUGGCUGACAGGCUGGCAUUCUCAGAGGUCCUCUCCAGUGACACAAUUUUCUCAGCUCCAAUGAAUGAUACAUACCAGCUUCUUGGGGUAGAAUCGAAGGAUAUUCUCACCUUAGAGAAGUAUUUGCAAGAUUAUUUCACUAACAUUUUAAAGAAAUUGAAGGAUCUCAAGGCACAGUCCAAGCAAACUGACAUAUUCUUUUGACAAGAGCUACAAACCUAUGGAUAUAUUUUCUGAUGCAGAUCUGUGCUUCAAAACACAGAUGAGUGAAUACAAAUUUUCUUGUAUAUUUGUUGUUGUGGUAUGUGCAAGAAGUGCAUGCUGUUAGAUUAUGUCUACAGAAUCUCAAAUAUUGAACUAUCAGGUUAUGUCUAUAGAAUCUCAAGUUCUCAACAAUCGAACUACCAAAGACCUGGAUUUUGUGUAGAUCAGACCUGAAUUAAUGAUUUCAGAGUCAGUUCGUACUGUUCU